AUGGCGCAGCAUUCCAGCAUCGCACGGUCGGCGAUGACGUCGAACACGCCAGAUCCUGCAGCUCUGGGCGAUCAGAGGAAUAUGAAUCGGCCCAACGGCUUCAGUUCAAAAGAAACUAGCCCCGGCCCGACUAAGGAUGGAGCUUUAAUGCCUCCUCCGAAGUCCGUGGUCGGACGAGCGCUAGGAAAUGACUUGCAUUCCGAUGUCCACAAAACAUCGCAGGCGCCCAAGGGCGGAGUCGGAACUGCCCUGACUGACACUCCGAUUUCUACCGCACCCCCGUCUCCACAGAUAACUGGUUCAUCCGGAACACCUAGCCGCAUUCGGGCAACCACUCUUGAUAUUCCUGGCCUGACCAAGUCCAAGGUCUCCCCAGAUGGCCGUAUUGCCCAGCGUGAUGUCGGCGCAAAGCUGGUCAUCGUUAUGGUCGGCCUGCCGGCUCGAGGCAAGAGUUACAUUACCAAGAAGCUGGCUCGCUACUUGAACUGGCUUCAGCACGAUACCGAAAUCUUCAAUGUUGGCGAGCGUCGUCGUGUGGCAGCGGGCAGGUCACCCUCUCCAGCCAAGUUCGAUCUUGGUCAGGAUAAAAGCCCGAAGAAUGUUCACAAGGACCUCGUUGACUCGGUGCGCCGCUUGAGCGUCAGCGUUGGGAACACUAUGAACAAGAAAGACUCACCGCCAGAGGAGACUGAUGAUAUUCAUCUUCCACCUCCGGUUGUUCCCGCUAAGAUUCUCAUUAAUGGUCAAGAUCCUGAAAACCAAUUCUCGACAAAUGGAAGCACCGUGGUGCCAUCCAUCGACGCAGAUCCGGGUCAGUCCCAAAACGACCAUGCUAUUAAGGAGGCUUCUCCAGAGCUCAUGGACCAGACUGCCAACUUCUUUGAUCCUCAAAACCAGCGUGCUGUCAAGCUUCGAGAGCAGGUUGCGCUAGACACCCUCGACGAGUUGCUCGAGUACAUCCUGGAGCGCGGUGGCAGUGUUGGUAUUCUCGAUGCUACCAACAGCACCAUGGAACGUCGCAAGGCCAUCGUGGAUCACGUCCGCAAGCGUGCUGGCACCGAGCUGGGCAUUCUCUUCCUGGAAAGUAGCUGUGUGGACAAGGACCUGCUGGAGGCGAACAUGCGCCUGAAGCUUUCCGGUCCUGACUACAAGGGUCAGGACCCCGAGACCGCUCUUGCGGACUUCAAGAAGCGUGUCGCCCUUUACGAAAAUUCGUACGUUCCGUUGGGUGAAUACGAAGAGAAGCAAAACAUGGCCUUUAUCCAAAUGAUCGAUGUUGGUCGCAAGAUGGUUUCCCAUCAGACACAUGGUUUCCUCUCUUCCCAGGUUGUUUAUUAUCUCCUGAACUUCAAUCUUUCGCCUCGCCAGAUUUGGAUCACACGCCACGGCGAAAGCCUGGACGACCAGGCUGGCCGUAUCGGCGGAGACUCGGAUCUAAGUGAGAAUGGCAAGCGUUAUGCUAAGGCUCUCACUCGCUUCACCGAUCAUCAGCGAAAGCAGUGGGAGAUGUACCAACGCCAGAAGGACCUGCUCUGGAAUUUCCCGCCUCGAGCUGGUGACAGUACCCCUCCCAACCCGUCGUACAUUCCUCGUGACCGGCCGCGUAACUUUUGCGUAUGGUCUUCCAUGAUGAAACGAUCCAUUCAAACCGUCGAGCACUUCAACGAGGAUGAUUAUGAUAUCAAGCAGAUGCGCAUGCUUGAUGAGCUCCACUCGGGAAUGAUGGAAGGCAUGACCUAUAAGGAGAUUCAGAAGCAGUACCCCGAGGAAUACGCCCACCGCAAGAAGAACAAGCUUUUCUACCGGUACCCCGGCCCUGGUGGGGAAGGCUAUCUCGACAUCAUCAACCGCCUCCGAGCCGUCAUCGUCGAGGUCGAGCGUACGACCGAUCAUGUUCUCCUGGUCAGCCACCGGUCUACCGCCCGAGUCCUGCUCUCCUACUUCCGUGGCCUCAAGCGCGACGAGGUCGCCCAGCUCGACGUUCCCAUGGGAAUGCUUUACAUGCUUGAGCCCAAACCCUAUGGUGUCGACUUCAAGGCCUACCGCUACAACCCGGAGACUGACUGGUUCGACUAUCUUCCCCAGUACGAGCUGCACCAGGUGGGCGCAGCUGACACCAGCAACUGA